UGUGUGUGUGUGAGAGAGAGAGAGAGAGAGAGAGAGAGAGAGAGAGAGAGAGAGAGCGAGAGAGAGAGCGAGAGAGAGAGAGAGCGAGCAAGAGAGAGAGAGAGGGAAAGAGAGAGAGAGAGAGAGAGUGGACUUACUCUACCAACGCACACAUCCCUCCUGUUUCUCUCAAAUGCCUCCUGCUCUAAAUAACGGCUCUGCUACUGAUAGAUCUUUUGUUCUUUAAUGUAACAUCUGGACACAUGUGCACAUCUGGCAGUAAGAUCUGAUUGGAAAGGGAUUUCACAGGACCUUCAGGAACCACCAGGUCUGGCCUGUGAUUAGUCAAUCCCAGCGUCCUUUGUGUUGGACAAUGGAGGAAUCCGUAAUUGUGACCCGCAACGCAUAGAUCUGAGCUCCAAAGAUGGCAGCAUCUGGAUACCCUCAGACCCCCGACCUUAACGAAACACAAGCCAACCACUCACUAGAAAAUGGCACAUCUGUGCACCCUACUCCCAGCAUGCAGCUGGGCACCAUGUCCAAUCCACAGUCCCGUCUCCGGGAUGCCAUGGGUCUGGCGGCCAUGGUGACGCUGAACGCCGUGGCUCUGCUGGCGAACCUGGCCGUGCUGAUUGUAGUGCUGAAAGCGGCACACCUGAGGAAGUACAGCUUUGUGUGGCAUUUAUGUGGUGUGGAUGUGCUGUGUGCAGCCCUCCUGAUGCCCCUGGCCAUCGUGUGUGGUUCACCAUUCUUCGCUGGGGUCAUCUUUACUCCACUUGAGUGCCGCCUGUACGUCUUCCUCAAUGCUUUUCUGAUCUCUGCCUCCAUCUUCACAGUGACGGCGAUCAGCGUCGAGCGCUACUACUAUAUCGUGCACCCGAUGCGCUACGAGGCCAAAAUGACACCCCGCAUUGCAGCUGCGGUCAUGGCGCUUGUCUGGUUGGCGUCUGCUGUCCUUGGAUUGGCCACUGUGUUUGGGUGGCCCAGUUAUCGUCACCACAGCGCCAUUGCUGCCGCCCACUGCUCACUUCACUGGAGCCACAGUGGGCACCGGCGUGUUUUCUCCAUUAUCUUCUGCGUGCUUUGCUUUUGCGUCCCGGCCGCCAUCAUUCUAGCUGUGUAUGCGAACGUCUACAAGGUGGCGCACAUGGCCGCCCGACACAGGGGUCCUCUGCCUAGCUGGGUGCCUGCAACACCUCGUCCAAAACACCGCUCUGACUCAGUCAACAGCCAAACCACCAUCAUCACCAGCAGCUCUAGUGCUAGGAGAGGGACAGGAGCACAUGCACCACGCAGGCCACGCAGAACACUGGUGGGCGGUAAGGCAGCACUCACACUGGCCGUCAUCGUGGGCCAGUUUGUCCUCUGUUGGCUGCCAUACUUUGCCUUCCACCUUCACUUGUCCCUGGGUGUUGCCCACAGCUCAGCUGAUGAGGCAGAAGGCCCUGUCACGUGGCUGGCGUACUCUUCAUUCGCUGCAAACCCAUUUUUCUAUGGCCUGCUGAACCGGCAGAUUCGUGAGGAGGUGUGCAAGACGAUGUGCUGCUGUUGCCGCUCGCCCAGCAGACCCGCUAGACCUCCAGCGUCCGGGCACGAUGGCUCUGCGCAUGAAGACUUCCUGCACUUCCUGAAGCGCAGCAGCUCGGUAGAAGCCACACGCAGCAGUUACAACACUGCAACUCCCAGAAACACACUGGACCAAACUGGCUUCAGGAUACCAGGACAGAUACCCGAGGAACUCACCUAGGCUGCCAAAUCUGGAAGCCAAAUCUGGAACAUUCAAACUGGAUCCAAAUCUGGAAUGUUUAAAAUUGGAUCCAAUGCCGGAACAGUCAACAAACCAUAUCCAAUUCUGGAACUUUCAGAAUGGACCUAAAUCUAAACUGUGCAAAUGGGAUCCAAAUCUGGGGCUUUUAAACCAGAUCCAAAUUUGGAAUGCUAAAAACAGAUCGAAAUUAAAAUUAGACUGAUGUAAGAUUGAAAUAAAAUCCAGAUCAAUGUUUAAAAUCAGAAUUAAAUCUGGAAUUGAACCAGAGCAUCAAAGUGAAUAUAAAGUAAAAUACUGAAGAAAAAAAAAAUAUUACUGCUCCAGCAUUCCUGCUAUUUUAGCAUUUACUCAGAUGCUGCUGAAAGCAGGUCUAAUCAAAUAAUUCUGAUCAUUGAAGAAAUGUACAGUUGAAAUCUCUUUUGGUUCUGCUUUGUCAUGCUAAUAGCAUGUGAUAAUACGAGCGAUAUAAUCAAGGCCACACACACACUUUUAUACUGGGUUGUUUAUGUAGACUGAGUUUUAACAUGGACUACUAUUUUUAAAUAAUUAAGAUCGGUUUUAAAGGAUUAUUAUAAAUUACCAAAUUUCCAUUGACUUGAAUUAGAUUGAAUCAAAUAUGUGAAAACAAAAUCUGAUUCUGAGGUCGGACUGUUUGAAGCCAGCCUCAGGUACUCAGGGCUGUUAGUUUUACAGAGAAGUAAGAACAUUUUCUUACACGGACACCACAAUGACGCCUUUAUUUAUGGUCUUCAUCCGUGUUUUAUCAGAACGAAAAUUUUUCCUUGCGAUCCUUAACCAACACGUCUUAAUUCGCUCGCCUUAAAACACAACGCAACUUUUUAUCUAACAGAAAACUCUCAACUCCUCCUUUAAAUCCAUCUUUUUUUGUUAUCGAUUUAACGAAUAUCCUGUAUGUUGGUACCAGUGCUUGAUGAGUUGUUUUGCUCAACACCGAAGACACGGCGUUAGUAUCUUUGACAUGGUGUUGUUUAAUAUUGUUUAUGAAGAUAUUUUAACGUUAAUAUUCAGUCAGAUGUAAUGUGAGUAGAUCCACGUCGAGUUCACGGUGGUGUGCGAAAUGAUAUUUAUUUGGAACUCUAUUUAUUCAAGAUUAAAAGCCGUCUUUCCGUUUUGAUUUCUGUUCAUUUUCUUCUCCGUGUGGCUCUGAGAUGUUUCUAAGACCUUCUG